AUGUUGUACAUUGAUGAAACACAAAUUGCGAAGCAAGGCUCUACAGAAAUCGAUGAGCGAUUGUAUACAAGGUGGUGGAACGCGGUCAGAGAUUCAAUGGAAGACGAAGGUCGUCCACAGACACGCUACCGCACACACGCUCAUGCUAUUUCGGCCAUCACAGAAAGUCGUCUACAGAGAACGACAACGCAGCGACAAGUCAUCACCCACACCAACACAUGA